GGCGAGAAGCACAAGCACAAGGAGAAGAAGAGGACGCAAAGAGGAUUUAGAAGUAGAGGCGCUCAAGAAGCAGAAGUCGACAGAUGUCGCGGCUGCUGAAAAAGCUAAGGAGAAAGAGAAGAAGGACAAGGAGAAGAAAAAGGACAAGGAGAAGAAAAAGGACAAGGAAGACAGAGACAGGGCGAAGAAGGAUGCGCCAACGAAAGAGCAGCCUGCCCCCGAGGCCGCCGCAGCGGACCAGGCGGCGAGCAAGAAGACACCCGGCAGCGCUCAGGCCCCCGAGGAACCGCCGGAGAAAAAGCUGAAGGCCUGGCAGGACGACGAGCUGGAGGUGGACGAGGACGCCCAGGAGAGGCGGGCUCGAAGCUGCGGGCGCUGUCCUCCGUGGCGCAGCGGAGCUCCGGGCCCGCGGCUUCCUCCGGGGCCCGCUGCCCAGAGGGAUCGUGGUCGGAGGCCCGCAGGGAGGUCGGGCGUGCCGCACGAGCCGCUAGAGGUCUUUAGGUUUGAUCCCCCCCCUUUUUAUCUCGGCGGUUCACAGGACUGGUCCUAAAACCUUCUCCUCCUCUCUCCUCCUUUUCCUUCCUCUUCCUCCUCCUCC